AAAACCGUAAUUCAAGCUUUCUGAAAACACAAGGCAUCAUCUUUUGUCGAUGACAACAUCGUCGGCAUCAACCUCGACGUGGGCGUCCACGACCUCUGUGUCUUCCUCAGGGAAGAGAAUCCAGAGAGAAAUGGUUGAGCUCAACACGGACCCACCUCCUGAUUGCUCUGCUGGGCCCAAGGGUGACAAUCUCUACCACUGGGUUGCCACCAUCAUUGGCCCUCCAGGAACACCAUACCAAGGUGGCAUAUACUUCCUUGACAUUACAUUUCCUGGUGAUUAUCCAUUUAAACCUCCAAAGAUCGUAUUCAGGACUCGAGUCUUUCAUUGCAAUGUCGAUGCUUCUGGUAAUGUGAGUUUGGAAAUUGUAAAGGAUGGUUGGAGUCCAGCUCUGACAAUUACAAAGGUGCUACUAGCAAUUCGGUCCAUUUUCACAAAACCUGAUCCUUAUAAUCCGCUUGUCCCUAGCAUCGCCCAUUUGUACUUGGCAGAUAAAGCUAAACACGAUGAACUAGCUUCUGAGUGGACAAUGCGAUUCGCCAAGUGAGUUUUACACAGAAUCUGCUCACAUAGUGCAAGCAUCAGAGUCCAACAGCGUUGCAAGUAGACUUCGUCAUGUUUCCAAGAGGUUGAUAAUGGAAAAGUGUAUUAUAACCGAAAAAAAAGGAGUUGUGGUUACUUCAUGGUCUGCGGAGUCAUGGUUGAAUGACAAGAACCACAAAGAAAAAUGCUUGCAAAAUAUGUUUCCAUUUGGAAUAUGUAUCAUAACAUAAGGAAUCUGUUAGUCGUAUUAGAAUAAUUUUCUGGCACCAAAAGUCUCAAACUCUCUUUCUAAUAAAUAAUUAGGUAUGGCAUUGUGAAUAGCCGGCUCUGAUAUAAGACUAACAACUUUAUCUGC